AUGCCCAGGGGACAAAAGAGUAAGGCCCGUGCUCGCGAGAAACGCCGCCAGGUCCAAGAUGAGGUCCAGGGGUCCAAUGAUGCUCAAGCAAAGGCAGCAGAGAAAGAAGAGUCACCCUCCUCCUCUGCUUAUGAUCCUGGAGAUGCUGUUGCAAGCACGUCUACUGCUAGCUUCCCUCCGAAGUCUAAGUCUCAGGGCAAGGCACCUACUGUCACCACUGGUAAAGGUGCGACCCAAGGAAGAUCUGGUAAAGGUGCCAGGGGCCGAAGGGAGCAAAAUCCUAGUUGCUCUAUGGUCUCACAGUCCACUGAGAGCCCCCAGAAUGAUCUUCUAACAAGGAAGACGGGAAUGCUGAUGCAGUACCUGCUCUGCAAGUACAAAAUGAAGCAGCCAAUGAAUAAGGGAGAAAUGCUGAAAAUUAUCAACAGACGAUUCAAGGAGCACUUCCCUGAGAUCCUCAAGAAAGCCUCUGAGCGUUUACAGCUUGUUUUUGGACUUGAAGUGAAGCAAAUCAAGCCCAAUAGUAGCUACUAUACCCUUGUCAGUAAGUUAGACCCCAGCAUUGGUGGGACUCUGACCACUGGCUUGCCUUUUCCCCAGAAUGGGCUUCUGAUGCCUCUGCUGGGUGUGAUCUUCUUAAAUGGCAACCGUGCCACUGAGAAAGAGAUCUGGGAUUUUCUGAAUAUUUUGGGAAUCUUUGAUGGGAAGGUGCACAUAAUCUUUGGGGAGCCCCGAAAUCUCAUCACCAAAGAUUUGGUUAAGGAAAAGUACCUGGAGUACCGGCAGGUAGCUAACAGUGAUCCUCCAUCCUAUGAAUUCCUUUGGGGUCCCCGGGCUCAUGCUGAAACCACCAAGAUGAAUGUCCUGAUGUUUUUGGCCAAGGUCAAUGAGACCGUUCCUCAGGCCUUCCCAUCUCAUUAUGAAGAGGCUUUGAGAGAUCAGGAAGAGAGAGCCCAAGCUGAAGCUGUAGGCAGGAGUGGUACUACUGACAAAGAUAAGGCAGAGUAGAAAGUCACAUCUAGUGACUCCUCUUGCUCCUAG